AGCACAGGCCGCCCCCUAGAGGCCGGGAAGAAUCCCUCCAACCCUGAGUGCCCACUGGACUCAGCAACCGUAGUCACUCAAUACUCAUGCGCACGACUCUUUAGGCCUCCAGCGCCUGCGCAGUGAAAGUUCCCCGCCGUCGUCACUUGUUUUGAGCCUGCGCUGUAAAGGGAAGAGAAAUGGCGCUGCGAGUUAGUUGGCUUCGCUCCCUGAGCCGGGAUGUGAGGAAGAGCCUGCAAUUGGCACGGAGUUCGGACAAGUAUGCCCGGGCUGCCUCCAGCAUUUCUAAGGAUAUGCUGCCAGGUCCACAUCCUAGAACACCAGAGGAAAGAGCACAAGCAGCAAAAAAAUACAAUAUGAGGGUGGAAGAUUAUGAGCCAUAUCCUGAUGAUGGAAUGGGAUUUGGCGACUAUCCAAAACUACCAGACCGGUCGCAACAAGAGCGAGAUCCAUGGUACACGUGGGAUGAGCCUGACCUUCGAAGAAACUGGGGUGAACCGAUGCACUGGGAUUUUGACAUGUACAUUAGGAAUCGUGUGGACACCUCCCCAAAUCCUGUAGACUGGAAUACUAUGGUCAAAACGUUGGGUGGCUUUGUAGGCCUUAUGCUGUUCAUGUUCUUCCUUGGAGAGUUAUUCCCUUCAUAUCAGCCUGUGGCUCCUAAACAGUAUCCAUACAAUAACCUGUACCUGGAGAACGGAGGAGAACCUGACAAAGAAGUACCUGAAGUGAAAAAUUAUAAAAUAUGACCAGUCUGCUUUGUCUGAUUGUCAGGCUCUAUUCAUCUUAUUCUGUACAGCUAAUAUAAUAAAUAUCUGAAUAUUAAUGAAA